AUGAAGGUGACGACUGGACAUCAGGAGCUUUUCGGCUCGUUGUGGCGCUUUCCGAAGCGAGACGUGUUCGACUGUGUGCCGCUGCAUUAUCUCAUACUAAAGAUGAGCGGCAUGGGAUGCAUCACGCCGCGGGCCGGUGUACGUAAUGGGUCCACCGUGACGACACUAUUGGAUAUUGGGAUUUUUGUGCUAAACCUGAUACUGGCCGUAAGCAUGAUGCUCUACGGGACAUUCAUCGCGCAACGACACCUGCAAUCACCCAUCAUGUUCAUCGGAUUGAAGAUGGUCAAUUUCACCUGUUACGCCUCAACCAUUUACGGUUUGAUCAGCUGCUUCAUUAACCGACACGAGAUCUGGAAGUUCUACAACGAAGCGCAUGCCGUAGAUGCCAUGCUGGAGGAGCUCGGUGCACGAACUGACUUCACCCGCAGUUUCAUCCUUUUCGUUGUCUACUAUACCGCGUCCAUGGGAAUUUGCUUUCUAGUGAUCGCGGUAAUGUACUGCGAAAACAUUCCCUGGAUGCUGCUGCUGAACCUGGGCUACUCGUACUACAGUCUGACCACCUUCCAUAUCGUCAGUCUCACGUGCAUGGACGUGGUAUGGGUGCGUAACGUGCGCUUAAACAAGGUAUUUAGGAAGCAGUUUUCGCUGGAGGGUGGUACCAUUGUCGAUGCACCGGCGCUGACUGUCUGCGGUCCAAAGCAGACGUUGGUGCUGCGUCAGAUAAUGCAAAUAUUUGAUAAUAUUAGUGACCUGGCGGACAAGGGCAGCUUUUAUUAUGGCAUACAGAUUAUGGUUAGCAUUGCGGGCUCUUUCGUCUACUUACUGUUCUACACCUUUGCCUUCACACUGGUCAUCAGGUCGGUGCUGCCAGUCGAGAGCGUGUUCAAUCCUGGGCCAAUCCUUUCUUAUUUGAUGUUUGCGUACAGUAUAUUUGUUGUCGCAUUUUUUGGAAAUGCAUUGAAGCAGCAGGGUAAAAUUACUGCACAGCUGAUCGACAAGGCUAUCAAUUCGACAAAUAAUGCAGAAAUAAUUGAGAUGUUGCGAAUGUUUUUGAUGCAGUUGGGACAUCGAUCACCGAUGAUAACAUGCGGACUUUUUCCAUUCGACUGGACGCUGAUUUUUUCGAUCCUAUCCACUGCAGCCACUUAUAUUAUCAUUUUGCUACAGUUUGAAAGUGCAGGAAAUCCCUCGGCCUAG